CAAUGAUGCUACUUCGUGACCUGGUCGUUCAUCUGAUGCUUUUUGACGCCGAGUCGAUGGUGCUGGUGAUGUUUGUCGCAACAGCAAUUUUGCUUAUGGCGCAAUGCUGCAAGAAGAAGAAUAAAAAGAAGAAAGCAGGAAACACAAAAUCGGAACCAGCGCAGGAAGCUCAACCACCUCCGCCGCCUGCAGAAGAAAAGAAGCCUGCGCCUGCAGUGGAGGGUGCCAAAAAGAAAAAGGGAGCUGGUAAAAAGGAGAAAGCCAAGGGGACUAAGAGUAAAACCGAAGAGCAACCGGCAAAGGAAGUCGUGACAGCCCAAACAGUGACGACGACUCCAUCGAUGCCUACAGCAACGCCUGCAGCAGCGCCAACAACAACCGCCGCUGAUCCAAUGAAGACCGUGUUGACGGAACAGACGAUGCUUCAAAUACAGAAUAUGCAGAUGCCUCCUGGAAUGAUCCCUGUGCUUCUUCCACCGACGGUGCCUGGAGGGACUCCGACUGUUAUUAUGAUGCCUGCUAAGGGAAUGCAGUCGAUGGCGGCGGUGCAGUCAAAACAAGCUGUCGCUUCUGCUGUUAAAGCCCAGUCAACAUCGAAAACUUCGCAAAAAGAACCAUCGCUGUAUGAGGCAAUCGAGAUCUCCAAGGAUGACGGUGACAAAGGCGGCGGCAAGGAAAGUGUCAAGGGAAGCGUCAAGGGAAGCGUCAAAGAAAGCGCCAAAGAAAGUAGCAAAAGAAGUGAAAAGGACAGCGAAGGCAGUAAGAAGUCGAAGAAAGAGGUCGAUCUCACGAAGACGGGAAUGGCGGAUCAGGGAUCAUAUCAAACAUUAGCGGACAUAGACACGAAAGGGAUAUUCGAUAAGAAGUAA